GAUGAGUGACGAUUAUUGCACUUUAUUUUUCAAACUGUAAGUUAAAGUUUGCAAAUUUUCAUCAUUCACAUUUGCGGAACUAGGAAACGCAGGACGUGGUAACUGUUACUUCCAGUUAAUAUAAAGUACCUACCAACGUCGUAUUAAAUUUUGCACCUGCACGCGAAGCUGCUAAACGCAAUAGAAUCAAAAUGACUUUGGGAACUUACAACAGGCAUCAAUCAGUAAAGAAGAGGCAAGCGAAACUGGCAGCAGCAUUUCCUCAAGGGAUAAGAUGCCAAAAAUGUCUGGAGUAUGGGCACUGGAGCUAUGAAUGUACCGGAAAACGCAAAAUUCUGGUUCGACCCUCCCGCACUCAGGUUUUGAAAAAAAAUUUGAAGGCCAAAAAGGAUAAGUGCAGUGGUGGCAAAUGUGAUCUUCCUAUUAAAAAGAAACGCAACAAUUACUGUCAAGACUGUUCAGAUGAUGACUCCACAUCAGAUUCAUCAUCUAACAGCUCAUCAUCAGACAGCGAGUCAGACAGUGGCAGCGAGGAUGAAAGUGGUAGCAGCAGUUGCUCCGACAGCAGCAGCGGAUCAGAAUCUGACUCUGGUAGUGACUAAUUGUAUGUAAAGUUAUAAUUCUAUAUGAGCAGUGUAAUAUGUCAUAAUUUUUUCUUUAUUAACAUGUUUUAUAGACUUUAUAUUCUUUAUUUAACAAAAAUACAUGAAUAGUCAUUUCAGUUUUUCAUUAAAUUAAUUUGGAACUAAAAUUGAGAAAAUAUUGGACUAAUCUGACAUAUCAGUAUUAUCAUGCUAAUAUAUUAAAAGAUCAUUUUGAGGAGAUUUUCUUUAAUUAUCUGUUUCAAAUAACAUUUCAUUUCUUUCUUACUAUUUCUUCUUAUUUAGACAUUGCUCAUUAGUUGAAUAAUGCUGGUCAUUUAAAGAUAUGGAUAUUUUUUUAUUUAUGCAGACUUGAUUGAUUUAUUAUAUUUAGAAUUUAGCAUGUUGAUGAAUGUUACCUGAUUUAGUGUUUAUUGUUUAAUGAUUGUAUUAUAAUGGCUCUAAUGAUGGCGUAGUUUUGAUAAUAAUGGGAAAAUUUGAAUUUUCUUCCAUGAGAAUAAAUGCAAUUUGUGUUAAAUCUUAUGAAAAGUUUUUUGAUUGUAAAUUAUUGUGUCAACAGUUCUUGUAGAAAGGCACAAUGUACAGUAAUAUUUAUAAUUGAUGAUAUGAGUCUCAAUUAAUUUAAAAGUAUAUAUGAAUGAUUUUAGAGUUUAACUCUGGUAGUGUAAAAGAGGCUUUGUAAUUAAUGCUAAUUUUAUUUUGUUAAGACUGUAUGUGUAAAUUUCUUAAGAUAAAUUUUAGAUUUUAAAGCCAUACAAUUUUGAUGUCGAAAUAUUAAAUAAAAUAAAUGAUUU